AUGUCGUACUUAAUUCUCUUCCUUGCUUGUAUACUUCUGGUGGAUGCCGUACCACUUGUGCUCGACGGGCCCAUCACGAAUACCUCCCGGUUCAAGGCACCGCUGGUCAAUGCGUCACCAGUCAAAGCACUUCCCGUGGUCGCGAAAACAAGCAGCAAAGCUGUCAACGUCGUCGUACCAUCAGUGAAGGCGACCCUCACAUCUGUGGCAAGGAUAUCGACGACUACACCCACUCCUGUCGCGCUCAGCAUCAAGUCUGCUCCCUCCAUCUUCAGUGCGUCGAUUACUAGUGCAUUGGUUGUUGGCACAUCCACGACGUCUGCCACUACAAGCUCAGGCGUAGUGUCGAGCUCCGUGGUAUCUUCCGCGCCUUCGCUUGGCAGCUCGUCUGCCGUUCCGAUCUCCAGUGGGCCAGAAUUUAUCGGGUGGCAUGGAACUAACUCUAUUACCUCCAACUUUUGGGCCGGACGCCGGGGUACGAUCAGCAAACCGCCGCCGCCCAAUGCCGGGAUCUUUGACUCGUUCACUUUCGACUUCUUUGGUCAAACCAGAAAGCAGGCCGACCUCACAUCCGGCGCUGACGAAGAGCUUGGUACUGGCCUGUACGUCACUGACGACCUUGAUAUUGCGCGUGGUUUUGCAAAUGGGAACACUAAUAUCAACAGGCUCAAAGACCCCAGUUUCGCCGGGACGCCCAAGGUCUGCCAGAUCUUUGCUAAGGACUCUGCCAAUUGGCGUACGGCGGUUACCAAGGCCUUCAUUCCCCGGAAUCUCAUCCGCGACGACGGCACGGCCACGCAGAAGAAGGCAUUUGAGGACGCGCGCCUCGAUCAUAUUGUACGCGUGCUCAAUGCUGCAUACCGGGGCGUGCAAAAUGCUCAGCGGGUGGUCAAGUUUGGCGUGCUGGACCCGAGUCGGCCUUCGAGCAAGGCCAACCAGCUGAUGAUCCCAAGCGCAAUCACGGAGUUGUUUUCCGCGACGUGCUUUGAUCCUGCGGACGUGCCAAGCAAACCCCCAGACUUCGAUGAAUACACGACAUCGGCGCAGAGGACGAAUUGGUGCAUCGUGAGCGAGACGGGGGUGGAUCCGUGCCGUGACUCGACAAAGAAGUGCAAGGGAGCGUCAUGCCCCACAGGGGCAUGA